AUGCGCCCGGUUGUUUCAGAGGGGGACUACAUCCCUGGCAACCCGGCCUCCCCACUGUAUUCCUUGAGUGAUGUCAAAGAUGCUCUGGAGACUUGGUGGCCAUCCUCAGCCAUCUUUGAUUUCGAUUCAGCUCUCAAGGACGCAAAGAAGAAAGCAAGCAGGCCCAUUGGCCUUUGGGGGAUUGAGACAAUCGAUCGGAAGGAACUUGUUCGCCUUUUAAAUCUGGAAAUGGAAAGGUUUGUGGCAAAGCAGUUUUCACUCCUGAGGGCUUCAGAUUCCCUGCUAAGUCAGGUGUCGUUGCUAGGUGAUUGGGACGUCCUUCUCCUCGUCCGGCAGCAGCUAACCCGAGACCGAGUUAAAACUUCCCUCUCGGAUCCUGAGAUUGAUGCCAUCUUUGAGGGAACCCCGAGGCUAUAUCCGUGGCUACCCAAGGAUAGCUGUGAUUGGGAUGAGCCGCAAACGAUCAAGCGCCUCAUCGAAGAGCUGGCGCCGACCUGUUUGGCUACAGAAGCCCCCUAG